CUGCUUUUAGAGGGCUUUUUGGUGUUUUACAGUUGGUCAAUCUGGUCUGGAUUCAGAAGGUGUUGGCUAUUUUCUGGCUGAUCAGGUUGGUUUCAGGGUGUUUGUGGCUAUUUUCAAGUUUGGGUUUUUGCCCAUUUCUCAGCUGGUUUAAUUGUCAUUUUUUAUUUCAUUUGGUCUGGUUGGUUUUAGACUGUGGAGCACUAGGAGGCCAACUCAAAUCAGCCAAAACCAGCAAACAGUCUCAGACUGGUUUAACCAUUUAUUUAUUUAUUUAUUUAUUCAUACGAAACUCCUAUGUGUCACUUGUGAUUGAGGUCUGGAUGAGUCACCCAUGUUCCCUUGAAUAGUUUUCUCUAUUUUACACAUUAUAAGUGAGUCAAAGCGCCCUACCUCUUAAACACAGAGGACAAGUCCAUCCGCCCCCAUUCAAUUCACAGAAGCGCUGCGGGGCGAAAUUGCGCACUGAGCACGCCAUGCUCUCCAUCGGGACCCAAGAAGAAAGACACGCCAAAACUACUGAUCCCGAGCCCGUACUGUGAUCAUCUGCAGUCAGGUGUACAGGCGGAAACAUGCCUGCAUUCCGUUGUCAGGGAAAGCGAAGAAAGUAAGGAGACACGGCUGAUUUGUUUUUAAUAUUCCCAUGUUCCACAUGAGGGAGGUUAAGAUCGGAGAAAGCAUUUGUGUAUUAGUGUUGCUUUUUUCUGGGCUUGUGACCUGCUCAGGUGUUAUUGGAAGCCCUUUAACAGAUGACGUUGCCACGCUGGAAACACUGAGUGAAAAUAUUCCCAAUGACUACAGAAUACCUAUCAGCUUCAUCACCAAGGAUGUGGGUGGAGCUUGCUGGCUAUAUGUGAACCUGAAUCACGUUGAAAGCAGUUUAAAAACGUUGGCCCGAAAGUUUGGCAACUUGUCCACCAAUAAAGCAAACAUCUCUAUUUUUGUAACAAUGCUGGAGGGUUUUCGUUUCACUCUGGACAAUGAGGAGCUGGAGGUGACAAUGCAAACAUUCGAGUGCCACUACAGAAGGGGAAAGUGGCUGACUAGACGUUACUUUAACCAUGUUAAAGAGGUUCUUACAGCGGCUGGAUCAACGCUUGGCAAAUUUCAUGACUGCACACCUCCUCCUUGCAAGACCCCGCCAGCUCCUCCUUUCACACCAGGUAAAAGCAGACAGCAAAACGGUAUGAACGGAGCGACUCAUGGGCUCUUGGCGCUGCUCAUCAUCCCUAGCAUGGCAGUUCUGGUCCUCACUGUCAGGAUGGUAUUUAGAAGAAGCAACGGCUGUGUGCAAAGAAUGCACGAAGUCAGUUUGAAUGAGCCCCACGACGGAGCUGAAGAAAGCAGAACCGAGCCCCAUAGCGGAGGGCUCCCUAAUUCCAGCUCUAGCAGCCAACAGGACAGGGCGUGUGUGGAUUCUUUAGGGUGUGCAGACACAGAGGUUUAAAUUAAAAAUGCAUGAGGAAACUCAUUGGAAAUUGGCAGUAUUUUGUGGUGAAAAUCUCCGGGUUUAUGAAGCGGACAAUGAAGGGAUUACUUUGGCUGUUCCAGGAGGGAUACAUGGGAUGGUUCUAAACUUACUCAUCAAGCCUUACCUGCUCAUCACAAAAAAAAAUUAAGCUGAAGAGACGAAUCGCAACUUGUGUCCAUCUUAACCAAUCAAUGAGAGUCUGUUAUUAUGGGAUGCCAUCCUAAAAACUAUGGGAGAAUUUCAUCCGGCAGGAAGUGUGGCUCUUUGAUGAGCGCAUUGGUCGGUCUGCUGCUAUGCCCGCGGCAGCUUGCUGGCUUUGAGGAACGCUGCUGGUCCUGCAGGCCUCCUCGAGGAGGAUAAAUGGCUUUUUUGUGCCAGCGCCCCAUUGCAUGAGGACGGUGGUUUAUUUUGCACCAGAAAACAUCUUUGGAACAGAGCAUGGGCUUGUCUUGAAACACGUUUGAUUUACAGCUUGGACAACGAUGCAGAGAUUUUUGGCAUGUACUACUCAUUUGGUAACCAAUACUAAACCUUAUGGGAUCCUCAGAAGAUCCAGUUCUUCUGAAGAAGGAGGUAUUUGACGUAUCUCGUUUCAUCCAGCUUUAACACAUUCAAACUCUGUCUUUCUCAAACAAACACAUUCUGGCUGGAAGAACCAAACUUCUCCAUCGAUCUUGAGAGGGUCUGCAAUCCAGGUCAUCGGCCCGACUGCCGACAGUUUUAUUAACUUGCACACUCCAGCGGCGCAACAAGAGCUGAUUGUUUUCGUGACAACAUGGGGAAACCCAGUGAGCAUGAGAAAAGAGCUCUCAUGGUAAAGAUGUAACAUCAACAUGACUCAUGUCCCAUAAUUCAAUCUCACUUGCUAGCAUCUCUUGAUCAUUCCGGUGUCUUGUUUUCCUGCUCGCUGUAACUCAAUAACAUUAUCUUGAGAUUAAGACCAACUGAUUAGAAUCGAUUUUUCAAUGUUCAGAUUAGAUAGAUUAGUCAAUGUUCAUGCUGCUUCUUUCUGUACAACAGUGUUUGCAUGCUUAAGCUGCACUUAAUGUUUUCAAUGCAUUUUUAACAAAAUAUCAAACCAGGUUACCUUUAGGCUAUUUUGAAGAAAUAAACACAAUUUUUACUUUUGGUUUCAAACUAGAAAAUAAUACAUGUGUGACCCUGGACCACAAAACCAGUCUUAAGUGUCAAUUGUUCGAAAUUUACAUUUAUGCAUCAUCUGAAAGCGGAAUAAAACUUUCCAUUGAUGUAUGGUUUAUUAGGAUCGGACAUUAUUUGGCCGAGAUACAACUACUUGAAAAUCUGCUACAAAUAUACCCCAGCGACCUAAGAAU